GUCCCUCGAGUUGACCUCCCCCCCCUCCCCCCUGCUUCGUCGUCGUCUGGUUCGCGUCCGGUGAUCCGAUCCCCAUGGUGCAGUUGAUGAAAUCCGGGGAUUUCGGCGGGGCGGAUCGCGGGGCCGCGUCGUGCGCCGCCGCCGGCGACAAGCUCCCGGUGAAGCGCGAGAUCGUGGAGGAUCCGCCGCUGGAGGAGGAGCACGGGCCGCUCAGCAAGCGGCCCAGGGACUCGUCCGGUUUGGAGCAGCUAUGGGGUGCGGGUGCUAAUGCAUUUCCAGUUCCACCUUCUCAGUACAAUCCACUUGAUGAGCCAAGCCCUUUGGGUUUGAGACUGAGGAAGAGUCCUUCAUUGUUGGAAUUGAUUCAAAUGAAGCUCUCUCAGGGCACUUGUAACUUGGCAACCGCUCAGAGCGACAAUCUUGUUUGUGAGACAAAUAAAGAUGGUAAAAGUAACGCUCCCUCUGGUGCAACUGACAAGAUGAAGGCUUCAAAUUUCCCGGCUUCGCUCUUGAGGAUUGGACGAUGGGAGUAUAAGUCGAGAUAUGAAGGUGAUCUAGUGGCCAAGUGUUACUUCGCAAAGCAUAAGUUGGUCUGGGAAGUUCUUGAAGGUGGUCUGAAGAGUAAAAUCGAAAUCCAGUGGUCAGAUAUAAUGGCCUUAAAGGCGAAUUGCCCCGAUGACGGACUUAGUACAUUGAAAGUUGUGCUUGCCAGACAGCCCCUUUUCUACCGGGAGACCAAUCCACAGCCGAGAAAGCACACUUUGUGGCAGGCAACCUCUGAUUUCACAGAUGGACAAGCGAGCACUCACAAGCAACACUAUCUGCAGUUUCAACCUGGUCUUCUAUACAAGCACUUCGAAAAGCUUAUCCAGUGUGACAUGCGGCUCAAUUUUUUAAGUCGGCAGCCGGAGGUAGUUUUGGAAUCACCAUUGUUCGACACACGACCAUCUAUCUUUGAGGAUCUAGAAGAACCCAAAGGCUGUGGAUUUGAUAAUGGCACAAAAGAUGAAGAAUCAGGAAUAUCCGACUUGCAUGUUUCAUCGGCAGCACAGUCAUCCUCUGUGAAGACAGAGAUACGGGAACGUGUUGGCAUAACAUCAGAACGUGUGUCCAGAGAAGCUCCCUCUCCCAGUUCAGUGAUGGACGCUCGUGUGAUUGAAGGAAACGGCAAUCGUGAUGGACUUGAAAUAAAGGCCAUUCGAAAUUGGGACCAGAUAAAAGUGCCCGGUUUACAUCCUUCAAUGUCAGUGAGCGAUCUAAUGAACCAUAUUGGACACUGUAUCACUGAGCAGAUGGGUUCUGGUAGUUCUGAUGAUGAUGGAUCAGGAUGCCAGGAGAUACUGGAGGACAUUGCACAGUACCUGCUCAGCGACACCCAGUCAACUGCGGCGUCCGAUGAAAAAUCCCUCAUGGCAAGGGUGAAUUCUCUCUGCUGCCUCUUGCAGAAGGAUACUACGACCGUUCAGAACUUGGCUGGUGGAGAAAGCUGCGAGGAAAAAGCUAAAGACGUGAAGGAUGCUACUCCUGGGGUUAAUAGCAACACUUUUGCUAACGUUAGGGCUCUGGAAGAAGAUUCAAAACCAGCAGGCAUGUCGAGGAAAGACUCGUUUGGGGAGCUUCUGCUGCAUCUUCCUCGGAUUGCGUCCCUUCCGAAUUUCUUGUUCAACAUUUCAGAAGAAGACAGCGACAGUAAUUCUUGAUAGUCAAGGUGUAUAUUCUUUAGAAGUUUCGGUAUCUACGCAAUCAGAUGCCCCCCCCCCGGUACUUGGGGAAAGAUGCUUGUUGACUCUGUGUGGUGCCUUGUUAGGGAAAUGCAUCCUUCUGCUUUUAUCUGUUCGGCAGUAUUGGGAUUCUGAAAUUAGAAUUUGAUGAAGAGUCCUGGUAACCGUCCCUUGUAAAAAGCUUUGCAUUAGUUUCUAGUGGGCAUUGUUCUCCUGUGAAAAGACCCUGUGAUCCAAUAGGAUCUGUAAAUUUGCUUAUGGCUCUUCUCAAGAACGCAGAUGCUUUGGUACUUUUGCUUGAGCUAAAUCAAAUCAAAGGAGAGUUGUUAAGGAUCA